AUGUCCAAAGAGCGGGCCACUAACUGGGAAGUACACGACGGGGCAGAAGAUGGUUAUAUGGACGAGGAAAAGGACAGCACGUCGGACCCAGAAGAAAACAUGCCACUAGCUAGGACUUCCAGCCUACACACAACCCCGGACGUCACUUUCCGAACUUCAGAACCGCUGGGAAAAAGAAAAGCAGUAAUGGGAGAUAACUUAUAUAGAAAGGUGUCUAACAGGAAAAAUAGGGACCUAUAUUUUAAUCUGGUUAAGAAGGAUAUCAUCGAUUCUUCAGAGCACACAGUUACUCUUGACAACGGUAACGUUUUACGUAAAUCGGAUCUGGCUAUAAAAGGAAAAAUACUCCCAGGGCCUAAAAAGAUAAUAGUGAAUCAGACACCCACUGGGCAUAAUCUUCAUACUUAUUCGAGUUUAGCUGGGAAAAGGAAACUCUCUCCACCGAAGAAAGCUGGAUCGACACCCGCUGGUCACUCGAGUCAAGGCACCCCAAGAACGGAUAACACCAGAGCAGGGACUAGUGCACCGACCGCGAGCACUGCCACUCAAGACUCUCCAAGAUUUUCUUCAGGUUCAUCUUCCUUAAAUCUAGAUUCGUGGGACGGGAUAAUCGAGGAUUACUUUGACGAUGUGAUCAAUAAUAACGUACCUCAAAACCCCCAUACCGAGUCUAAUCAGGGAUUAAGUAUUACAGGUCCUGUCGAAUCUCCACAACAGAGCUCAGAAAGGCCAGCGAACAACGACCCCCGGGAGAUUGUUGUCAUCCACAAUGCGACUACUACUGAAGGAUCACAGGACAAUCCAAUUCUGGUAGACACUAUUCCGGAACAGAUGAACAGAGCGACCCCAAAGACCCGAAAUUCUAGACCACGCAGAAAUGUGGGCCCCCCACAGUUUUGCGGAAAUCGCAGAUUUAUAGACGUGGUUCAAGAGAAAGACGACCUAGGGGCGUCAACUUCCAUAUUCUCUCCGGCACCGGACUCCCACAGGACUACCUUCUCGGUCAACUCUCCAUCUGACCUUUUGACUCCCUUAGCGGAGGCGCCUCCCAGACAGAUUCUCGUCGCGGAAACUACGUUGUCCUGUUCUUCAAGGAACUUCCUCACGACGGUCAGACUUGCAACCUCUACCACGAAGACUCACCUUCGCGAGAAUUCUUCGGACUCAAACCUAACUUACCCGACCUCGAAGGACCCCACGCUUGAGGUGGACAACUAUAGCGAGAUCUCAUCGACUAUAGAUUCGGAAUUCAGCUGGAAGCUGUUGGUCAAGCAAAUGGACUUGUCUUCUCUCACCCAGUUGAGGUUGCAGCCCUUCCAGGAUGAGGUUGAACAUUUAAUUGACUGUCGAAGUUCCUGGAGUCUUGAUACUGUACAGGUGAAAGUAGUCAAGAACUGUAAAGCAUUUCUAGCUGUCUCUGCUGACUUAGCUACUACAACUGCCGCUGCUGAUGCUGCUCUCGGUGAUGUGCGUACUGCUGAUGGAGACGAAAUCAACGGCACAAGUCUUCAAAAAAAACCGGACGAGCGGAUUGACCUGUAUGCAAACUACGACAUGAAGUCAGUGGUGAGUUUGGGAUUAGAAGAUGACGAGUUUUUUGAAAUGGUCAAAAAAAUACAAGCAGUUAAGGAGACUUUUGCAUCUUAUGGAAGCGCUUUUGAUGACAAACGCUACACCCUCGAUGAUGGCCAGCAGACUCUUCUCUACGGUAACAAAAACAUUCUGGGUCAAACUGCGAUUGGAAUUGAUGAUGGCGAUGACAACGCCGUCGCUGAAAUCUCGAACCGAACUGAUGAUGACGAUUUGGAAAAGGAAUGCCAUUUUUUGAAGAUGGUCAACAGCCAGUGUUUAGAAUGUGAAGAUUUCCUAGAUGGGGUGUCUGAAGAAUUCCCUAACACUCAAAACAUUGAUUGGGACGAUCCGGAAAAUGAUGAUGACUACUCUGAGGAUAGCUUUGCUGACGAAAAUACACAACCACAUCGUUCGCUUCGACAACUGAUGGACCAGUGCUUUAGUAGUAGUAGUAGUAGUAGUAGUAGUAGUAGUAGUAGUAGUAGUAGCAGUAGUAGUAGUAGUAGUAGUAGUAGUAGUAGUAGUAGUAGUAGUAGUAGUAGUAGCAGUAGUAGUAGUAGUAGUAGUAGUAGUAGUAGUAGUAAAAGUAGUAGCAGUAGUAGUAGUAGUAGUAGUAGUAGUAGUAGUUGUAGUAGUAGUGGUAGUAGUAGUAGUAGUAGUAGUAAUAGUAGUAGUAGUAGUAGUAGUAGUAGUAGUAGUAGUAGUAGUAGUAAUAUUAGUAGUAGUAGUAGUAGUAGUAGUAGUAGUAGUAGUAGUAGUAGUAGUAGUAGUAGUAGUAGUAGUAGUAGUAGUAGUAGUAGUAGUAGUAGUAGUAGUAGUAGUAGUAGUAGUAGUAGUAGUAGUAGUAGUAGUAGUAGUAGUAGUAGUAGUAGUAGUAGUAGUAGUAGUAGUAGUAGUAGUAGUAGUAGUAGUAGUAGUAGUAGUAGUAGUAGUAGUAGUAGUAGUAGUAGUAGUAGUAGUAGUAGUAGUAGUAGUAGUAGUAGUAGUAGUAGUAGUAGUAGUAGUAUUAGUAGUAGUAUAUCCACUCAAUUUAUUGUAAUCAAUUUACCUUCGUUUACCUCGUCAAUUUACCUCUUAAUUUGCUGGACAGUUUAG